AUGAAAGAAGGUCGUGCACAAGCAGCUAGAAGUGACGAACAAUUUGUUGAUUUACCAUCAGAUUAUAAUUCUCCAGAUAUUCUUAAUAAAUUAAAAGAAAUCGUUAAUCGUGUUGGAGAAACGACUUCUAUUAAUGAAUUUGCUAAUUAUCUUGUUUAUUAUUCACUUGAUGAAGCUAUUAAUGGAAAAUUACAAGAAGUUAUUCCAGCAUGGAUUACAUUUUCCGAUAAAGAUACAUUUGUAGAAAAACCAAUAACAAUUGGUAUACCAAAUGCAAGUGAAAAGAAAGGUGGUGUAGAUCAAUCAUGUACAAGAGAAUGUCACAGUUUUAUAUUUCGAAUUAAUAAUAGAAACUUAUAUUUAAUUGAUGCAUCAGAUGUUGGUAACAUCGAGAGUAUUUUACAAAAUGAAAAAAAUUUUGAAGAUAUUCUUGCUUAUAUAAAGUUACUUAGACAUUUACAUGUUAAUGCUAAAGAAAAUAUUAUGUUCACAUUUACAAAUGCUCGAGCAACUUUUUUUCGACUUUAUCUACCAGCUCCUCUUCUUCGAGAACUUCUUCAAAAUCUUAGAGAGCACUCAAAUACUGAAGUACCAUUUUCAAAAGAAAACUCAUUUUUCUUCGAUAAUGAAGCAUUUCAAUUUUUAACAUUAUGUAAAAACGACAUGGAAUUUAAUUUUGAAGAAGAAGAAGAUUGUAGUAGAAGUUGGGAUCAUAGUAUUCGUGAAUUCAGUCGUCUUAUAUCUAGUAUAAUUCAACGUGAUAAACAUGCUACAUAUGCAGACAUCGUACCAUUUGAAUAUCCAAGAACAUUAUGCGGAAAUGAAAAAUGUACCAAAGCGAUUACAAUCAAUGGUAUAGAAAAAGUUGAUUAUACAAAUCAUUGUCAUCCACAUCGUUUUCUUAUUGGAGUUGAACAGGAAAUUAUUGAUCAUGAAAAAUUAAAAAAUUGUACUGCUAUCAAUAAAUCUUUAGAUAAGUUCAAUUGA